CGCUCUUCCUAAGUACAAUCACAUGAUGUAUGUUUUGUCAUAUGACAUUGAUGAGUCGAAAACUGGUCCCGACUCCCGACGCAAACGUCGAUUCACCAAGGACAGUAGGAAAACAAAGAUUUGAGCUGUCAGGGAUGAAAUUCCAUGAAACUUUGUGAGACCGUUGAGAAUAUCUGGAGCAUGGAAUGUUGGGGAUUCCUCUCUGCGGUUGCUGCUGCCUGGCUGCUAGGCCUGGCUUUGAGCCAGACGACCCUGGCUCCGACCCUUGAGCCCGCCGUGAUGAACACCACGUUCAGCGAAAACAUGACUGCGACUCCCAUGAUCCUGAGUACCACGUCCCCAGGGUGCUCUGCCCUCAACACGUCCACAUGCGAGGCCUGUGUCCCCGGAUCGUACUACGACAACGACACCUUGCUGUGCACCUGCUGCCCCGAGCCAGGCCUGUGUCUGUUUGCUGGAGCUUGCUUCCCAUGUUCCAGAGGGUUCUAUCAGCCAAUGGCUGCACAGCAGCAAUGUUUACCCUGCAGUCAGGGCUUUUACACCAAUUUCACUGGCAGUCCCGUGUGUCAGUCGUGCCCCCAAGGUUCCUAUAGCAACGCCACGGCUUCAGAUUCAUGUAGAAGCUGUUCUCCAGGAUUCUACGCUUCACUGCAGAAUUCCACGUUGUGUCGGCCGUGUCCACAGGGGUCGUUCUGCAACUCCUCCAGUUGUGCCCAGUGUCAGAUCUGUCCAGCCGGAACUGAGUCUCUACUGGCUGCUGCUAAGGACUGCACUCCGUGUCGACCAGGCAUGCACAAGGCUGCCCGGCAGAAGAUGUGUCAGAUCUGCAGCAGCGGCUUCUUUCAAAUCCGCUGGGGUCAAGAGAGCUGCAACAUCUGCCCUGAAAACAACUACUGUCCUAGUCCAGACGUGAACCCCAUUCAGUGUCCCAGCGAUGCCUUCUGCCCAGAGGGGAGUACAGCGCCUGGAUACUGCAUGGAAACGUUCUUCCGCAAGGCUGGGGAGGACUGUGAGCUGGCCCCGGUCACCAUUGCCCUACUUGUGAUUGGUGGAGGGGUGGCCCUACUCUUCAUCAUUCUGGUAGUGCUGCGUCGCAGGAAGGACUCAGACGGGGAGCUUGCACAAGCACGAGCGCCGCUGUUACGCAAAGAGCGGCCCCAGGGCCGGUACUACGGCAUGCCCUGUGAUGCAGAGCCAGUGUACGCUGGCUGGUGAACCUACCACAGGCGUUUCAUGUCUGUCUUCAUCUGCAUUCGGUAAUACAGGCUCGAAGAGCUAACUAAGGCACUGUGGUUUCUACGCCUCAACUGUGGGUAGCAGGACUGUUGUUGAAGGACUGACAAAGCUUAAGUUUACCAAUUGAUCAUUUGAAAUGAAUGAGAUCUGUCCUUUGAUACACUGCGGUAAGUGUAUGUCAUUGACAGGCAGAAGGAUUGCUCUGUGUUUUGUAGAAGGCUGACUCUUUUGUACACAAACACAGCAUUUCUCUGUGAACCUAGUUGAAUAGAUUUAAUAGAGGCUGACUGGAAAGGUGGAUAAGGAGUUGCAUGCCUCUGUGGAUCUGUUUCAUGCAACACGAAUAGCACUUUUCUUUUUAUUUUAUAUUUGUAAUUGUUUUGCACUCACUUUCAUGGUACACUGGUUGGUCAAGUUAUGCCUUGAAGAUGGUUUUAAGUCAGUAAAGUCAGAUUACUGCUGUUGAAAAAAGUUUUGUUUUUUAUGUAUUUGAUUGAAAUGUGUCCAGAAAAACAGUUGUCUUCAUAUUAUUGUAUUUGUAUGUGUUAAAGAAAGACAAACUGAACAUGGAAAGGUACAUGCUGGAAUAAAGUUCAACCUUGCCCCUGCCUAUUUCUUGUAGA